CGCUGCCACCGCCGGGCCGCACAACUGCCGGCGGGCGCGGUCCAGGCGCGGAGCCACGGGAGGCGCGGGGCGAGAGCGGAGCCUGGCGUUGGAUGUGGGAGCGCUGGCGCGCCCGGAGGCGGCGAUGAAGCCGAGCGGCGAGGACCGGGAGGCGCAGGCCGGGGACCCUUGGGAGGAGUGCUUCGAGGCGGCCGUGCAGCUGGCGCUGCGGGCGGGACAGAUUGUCAGGAAAGCCCUUUCUGAGGAAAAACGCGUGUCAACGAAAACGUCCACGGCAGACCUGGUGACGGAGACGGACCAGGUUGUGGAGGACCUGAUCCUCUCGGAGCUGCACCAGCGCUUCCCCUCACACAGGUUCAUCGCAGAAGAGGCUGUGGCCGCUGGGGCCAAGUGCGUGCUCACCCCCAGCCCCACCUGGAUUGUGGACCCCAUUGACGGCACCUGCAACUUCGUGCACAGGUUCCCGACCGUGGCCGUGAGCAUCGGGUUUGCUGUGGACCAGGAGCUGGAGUUCGGGGUGAUUCACGACUGCACGGAGGAGCGGCUGUACACCGGCCGGAGGGGUCGCGGCGCCUUCUGCAACGGCCAGCGACUGCACGUGUCCGUGGAGACAGAGCUCUCCAGGGCCCUGGUUCUGACAGAAAUCGGGCCCAGACGUGAUCCCGCGACGCUGAAGUUGUUCCUGAGCAACAUGGAGAGGCUGCUCCGCGCCAGGGCCCACGGGGUCCGCGUGAUUGGCAGCUCCACCUUGGCGCUCUGCCACCUGGCCUCGGGCGCCGCUGACGCCUACUACCAGUUUGGCCUGCACUGCUGGGACCUGGCUGCCGCCACCGUCAUCAUCCGGGAAGCAGGCGGCGUGGUGAUAGACACGUCAGGUGGGCCGCUCGACCUCAUGUCUUGCAGAGUGGUUGCUGCAGGCACGCGGGAAGUGGCGAUGCUUGUGGCUCAGGCCCUCCAGACGAUUAACUACGGGCGGGAUGACGAGAGGUGAGGCCGAAGCACGGAGACGCGCCUGCCUGGACCACGCCUUCCCCAGACGCUGGGAGGCUCGGGCCUCGUCAGCCUGGGGCAGCCGCGGCGCCCGGCGCCCGUCUCUCCCGGGGUCGGGCUGGGCUGUGUGCUCUCUCAUCUCACGGAGCCUUUUUCAGGUCUCACUGGACGCAUGUGUUGAUAACAUGCAGUCUUGACUUUUUUCCAGAAUGCAAAUCUCAGGUAGUCAGGCUUUAGAACUGCCAUUAAGUAGCCAGUGCUCAGCGCCGCCGCCCCGCCCCCGUCCCUGCCACGGUCACACAAUAAACCAAAUAGUGACGCUC